AUGUAUCGCUCCAAACUGAGGGCCGUCCACAAGCUAAGGAAGUUAUCCUUGAUAAAUACCAUUACUUCGGGCAGUAUUAAUAUCGGAUUCGGAGAUGAAGAUUUAUCCAGAGUUCAGCUUCCCCACGAAGAUCCACUCGUUAUUAGUCUUCUUGUAGCCAACUGCAUGAUUAAAAGGGUCCUGAUAGACCCUAGCAGUAGUGUCAAUAUUAUAACUAAGGUAACCUUUGAGCAAUUAGAGAUCCCAGCAUCGUCAAUUCGAGCUACAUCCAGUCCCUUGAUGGGGUUUAAUGGAACGAAAGUGGAUCCUAUUGGGGUAAUCGAUCUGUCAGUCACUGCUGCAAAAAGGAUACUGAAAGAAAACUUUGUUCUGACAGAAAUUCAUCUUUCCUACAAUCUCAUCAUGGGAAGAGGUUGGAUUCACCGAAUGAAUGGAGUGCCAUCUACUCUAUAUCAGGUGAUGCGAUACUUAUCUCCAUAUAGAAAAGAAGUCAUUAACCUUUGGGGAGAUCAAGUUGCUGCAAAAGAGUGUUACAUGUUGACACUGAAGGAAGCAAAUAAAUGA